GUGCUACACUGCAAACUUUUUUGAACCACCAUCCAAAGCAAGAUGCUCCAAACCCAAUAGGAAAGGUCUUCACAAACAAAGAAGGUACAAGCAGGAAGUGGCUGACAUACUGUGAUCAACGUCCUGCUUUAUUUUGUUUUGUAUGCUUGGCCUUUAGCAAGCCCUCUGAUAACAGUGUAUUCAUUACUGGAAUGUCUGACGGGAGACAUGCUCACCAGAGAGCAGAAGAGCAUGAAAAAAGCAUGGCACAUAGAGCUUGUGCUGAAGCUUAUUUUCUAAACUGCUCAAAAUCUGACAUAAACAGCCUGCUUAGAGGAAGACAGCUAACUGCUCAUAGAGAGCAGAUCAAGAAGAGACGGCAGGUGUUAGACCGUGUGGUGGAAGUGGUCAGAGUGAUUGGAAAGAGGGGCCUAAGCUACAGGCACGAAGACAAUGAGGCUGCUUAUACUCUAGAGGACAGCAGCCUUGAUCAUGGCAACUUUUUUGAGAUGAUACUUUUGCUGGGGAAAUAUGAUGUGGCAUUGAAAGAACAUCUCAGUGACAUAAUUCAUAAAAGCAAAAAGCUCCAUGAAUCUGCAUCAGGCUCAAGAGGCAGGGGUUCCCUUGUCACUCUGCUGUCUAAAUCGACUGUCAACUCAGUGAUUGACACAAUCCUUAAGAUGAUCAAAGACAACAUCGGCACGGAAAUUCAAAAAGCCGGCAUGUUUACUGUACAACUGGACACAACACAGGAUAUCACAGCACAAGACCAGUGCUCAGUUGUGCUUCGGUACGUCACUGAUACUGUACAUGAGAGGCUUGUUGCUGUGGUAAGGUGCAGUUCAUCCACAGGAGAGGCCUUUGUUCAGUUGUUGAGUGAUGUGCUUGAUGGUCUGAACUUAGACAAAAGCCUCUGCAUUGGAAAUGCCACAGAUGGAGCUGCCAACAUGCAGGGAAGAUACAGAGGCUUCUCUUCACUCUUGUCAUCACAAUCUCCUCACCAUGUCCAUGUGUGGUGCUACUCUCAUGUGCUCAAUCUCGUUCUUUCUGACACCAUUGAAAUUGUGAUAGAGAGUGGAUCUCUUUUUCAUCUCCUGAAUGACAUCGCUGUGUUCAUCCGAGAAUCUCAUCAGAGAAUGAACGUAUGGGAGAAGGAAAGCCACAGCAGCAGGCACAAGCGCAUAGGACCCAUUGGAGAGACACGCUGGUGGGCAAAGCAUGAUGCCUUAAAGAAAGUGUUUGGCUCAUUUGGGAAACCGCAGGACUGUCUCUACAUUGAUGUUCUGUGCACCCUUUCAGCCAUUCAAGACCAGACGACAGUGAAGUCAAAUGUAAGAUCCAAAGCAAGGGGAUACAAAGAUGGCCUUCUCAGACACGAGACCAUCCUGACCGCGCAAUUAUUCUUGCAGAUAUUUGAGAAGACCACCCCACUAUCCAAAUACCUCCAAACAGGCGGGAUGGACAUCCUCUCUGCCCACAGGAUGGUGAUGUCCACACACGAGGCCCUUAAGGAGAUGGGAAGAGAUUUCCAGACAGUCAAGGAUGCAACAGAGAGUUUUGUGAAGUGGGCAAAUGACAAGCUGGAGGAGCAGAAUGAGGAGAUGGGCAUGGAGGUGGAGGUUUCACUACCGCAGAGGAGGCCAAAGAAGAAGUCCAUGCCAGGAGAGAUGGCCCAGGAUGAAACUUCCAAUGACCCAAGCAAGACGUAUGAGGUUAAAGUCCAUAACCAAAUUAUGGACACCGUUAUUGAGGCCAUGCAAAGACGAUUCCACGAUAACGGCAAUCUGUAUGCGGACCUCUCAAUUCUUGACCCCCGAAACUUCCCAGAUAUCAAAACCAGUGGUCUUCCUGAGUCUGCACUGAAAGACCUAAGCAGAAGUCUCAUCAAAUUUAACAAUUCGGCAACCAUAUCAAAUUUACAAUCUGAACUUGAAAGCUUGGCAAGCCAGUGGGACAUGCUGAAGCGUCCACCACUAGAUGAGUACACAUCCCGUACUGUGGAGGAAGGACCUGGUGGAGACCCAGAGAUGGAAAUUGUCAGCAAAGCCUGUGCCUCAUGUAAAAACUGCCCCCUGUGUUGCUACCAGAUUCUCCUCAGAUUCAACCUGCUCACAGACGCAUACCCUCUUCUUUCUCUGUCCUACAAAUAUCUGCUGACACUCUCAGUGACACAGGUAGCCUGCGAAAGAUCAUUUUCAACUUUGAAAUUCAUCAAGAGCAGGCUGAGGAGCAGCUUAUCUGCUGGUAAAUUGGAGGCCUUCAUGCUGAUGUCCACAGAAAAGGACAUCCUCAUGGGAUUGGACACAGACAGUGUCAUAGACAGAGUGGCCGAAAAAAGUGAACUUCUUCGGAAGCUCCUACUCUACUAAAGAAGCCUCUGUCUCAGGUUGUGGCGACGACUUGCUUUCACAAAGGUUCCAUUUCAGGAUUGUGAGAUUGGAUUGUGAGGAUUGUUUUUGGAGAUAGACAGACGUUUGGUUUCUGGGGCUUCACAUGUACAUAGUUCUUACUGGAUUGACGGGGUUUGUGAGCGUUGGUUCCGGUGAAGUCAGCUAUUCACCAAGUGAGUAAACAUUUACACCUCACCAGAACAUAAUAAACGUGUUGCAAACCAGAUUUUUUAUGAGCUUGUAUGUGCUUAACAUCAAAGUGUGCAUGCAACCCCCUCCUCUUCUGUGUGUGUGUGUGUGUGUGUGUGAGAGUGUGUGUGUGUGUGUGUGUGUGUGUGUGUGUGUGUGUGUGUGUGUGUGUGUGUGUGUGUGUGUGUGUGUGUGUGUGUGUGUGUGUGUGUGUGUGUGUGUGUGUGUUUCAUGAGUGUUUGAUGGACUGUAGUCGGUGUAGACAGACAAGGCUAUGCACCAAGUUUCAUGAGUGUUUGAUUGACUGUAGUGUGUGUGCCCAAAGAGCUGAUUGGAACUGAAGAGCGCAGACAAGGCUAUGCACCAAGAGCUGAUUGGACUGAAGAGAGCAGAUAACGCCAGUUCAUCGGCAGCUGCCAGGGGCUCUCUUCUCUCAACGUCCAGGUUUUCUGCCAGCUAUCAUGACAAAUUUAUAGAUUCAUUUUAAAUAAACAAUUGAGUGUGAAGUCACUGCACAUUUCCUGGUGUUUUUUUGGUACCUGAAAGAGAGUUUUUUUAGUUAAAUUGUGCACCUUUUCCACUAGGCCAGAACGUUUGUACAUUUAGAAGACAUAAGUUACGUCAAUUUAAUGGCAGAUGUGCUCCGCUAAUUAUGCGGGCCGGUCUGAGCCAAAAAAUGCCCGGGCCGUUUUGUUCUCCCAGUCCAGCCCUG